AAAGACAUGGAAGCAAGAACCAUCGCCAUCGAAAUCCCCGAGGUUCUGAAGAAGGUCCUGGAGGACGACUGCUACUACAUCAACCGGAGGAAACGACUGGUCCAACUUCCCUGCCAGGCCAACGUGGUCACCGUCUUGGAGUCGUACGUGAGGUAUUUUGCUCUCAAAGCUGCCUUCUCGCCUCGUCCCCAGCAGCACCCGGUGCCACCCGCCGGCGUGACGGUGUGCUACGGCCCAGCGGGCAGGAGCCAGGGCGGUCGCCUGCGCCAUCUGCUCAGCCCGCGGGUCUCCACCGGAGGCGAGUCGGACAGCCUCGCCCUUUGCAAAGAGAUGGUGGAUGGAUUAAGGAUCAUCUUUGAUUCUCACCUCUCGUUGCUGUUGCUCUAUCCGUAUGAACAAGAGCAAUAUAAAAUGGCCACCUCCUCGCAUUUGGCCUCCGCCAUGAACAGGAACCCGGAGGAGAGCUCUCCAGGUCCAUCUCUGCUGUAUCCAGUCACUCCACCGUCCAGUGAGAGUCGGCCGAUGCCCGAGGAGCCCAGCACCCCAAAAAGGCGCAAAUCUGAGGUGGAAGCUUUGCCGACUCUGAGGCGCUCCACACGCCGCUCUGUCAGCUGCAACACGCUGUCAGAGAGCAGUGCUUCGCCCCAGCCCAAGCAUGGGCAGCAGAACACUUCCACCAGGAGGCCCAAGCUGUCCCUGGAAAAGGGGACACAGGGACUGAGUGGCUCAGCCUUUCUCCUUCCUCUGAUCGGUCCAAAAGGGAGCUUUGUGUUUGCUGGCUUCGAAGGCAGAACUCAAGAAGUAAACGAGGUACUUGCUUGGAAGCUUGUUCCAGAGAGUUACCCCCCAAGUGACCAGCCACCUCCAGCCUCUUUUAUUUAUGGGGCACAUCACUUGCUACGAUUGUUUGUGAAACUUCCAGAAAUCCUGGGAAAGAUGUCCCUUUCUGAGAAGAAUCUGAAAGCGUUACUAAAGCACUUGGAUCUCUUUCUGAGGUUUUUAGCAGAAUACCAUGACGACUUCUUCCCAGAUUCGGCUUAUGUUUCUGCCUCUGAUGCGCACCCCAGGGCAAUGGUGCUGAAGUGUUGA